AUGGCUCCCUCGGCCAUCGACGACCGACUGCCCCAGGCGCCGCACGAAAAGACAUAUCCGCCGGCCAAGAUCUUCACCGUCAAGGAAACCAAGUUUGAAAAGUUCAUCGAGCCCCAGACCGACGGCCGCAAGAGGGCGCUGGAGCAGCCCGGCAAUGCUGCCAUCGUGAUAGAUAAUGGAUCCUCCGCCGUCCGAGCAGGAUGGUCCUUCGAGUCCGCGCCCCGGAUAAACAUACCGCCCAUCAUGGCCAAGUACCGCGACAGAAAGCUUGCAAAGACCUUCUCCUUUGCCGGCUCAGAUUGUUACGCCGAUACGGCCUCACGAGGCCAUAUCCGAAACGCAUUCGAAGCCGGCACCGGCAUCAUAACCAUGACUGAGAUUAUCUUCGAAUGCUAUGGCGCACCAUCCCUCGCCUAUGGUAUCGACUCGCUCUUCUCGUACAGGCAUAACAAUGGAAAGACGGGGCUAGUUGUGUCUUCUUCUCACACAUCUACUCACAUAAUACCAGUCUACAACUCAAAAGCGCUGCUUUCUCAAGCCACAAGACUGAACUGGGGUGGCUACCAUAACGCCGAGUAUCUGCUCAAGCUGAUCAGGCUAAAGUACCCUUCCUUUACUGGUAAACUCAACUCUUCACAAGCAGAGCACAUGAUACAAGAUCAUUUCUACGUCUCAAAGGAUUAUGACAACGAGAUUCGCGAUUAUCUCGACUGGCAUGGCCUAGAAGACCGAGAUGUUGUCAUCCAAUACCCCUUCACAGAGGAAGUGAUUGUUCAAAAGAGCCAGGAAGAGCUGGAUCGCAUUGCAGAGCGCAAAAAGGAGAGCGGGAGAAGAUUGCAGGAACAAGCCGCCAAGAUGAGGCUCGAGAAGCUCAUCAAGAAGGAGCAGGAUUUAGAGUACUACAAGAACCUUCAGGGUCGGUUAGUCGACGAGACGAAAAAGGAAACGCGGCGUCUACUCGAUAGUCACGACAUCAAAGACGAGGGCCAGCUGGAAAAGAUCAUCAAGGAGCUGGAGAAGUCGAUCAAGAAGGCCCGCACCAAGGACGUUGGGGGCGAUCCCGAGGAGGAGCAAGAACAACCAGAUUUCAGUCUCUUGGAAAUUCCAGACGAGGAACUCGACGAAGCGCAAAUAAAGCAGAAGCGGCAACAGCGUCUCCUCAAAUCGAAUCACGAGGCUCGGGCUCGUGCCAAGGCUGAAAAGGAGGCAGAGAAAGCCCGCAUCGUCGAGGCGGAGAGGCUCGACCAGGAGCGUCGUGAGAAUGAUCUAGACGGAUGGCUUGGCAAGAAGCACCAAGCCUUGCAGGACACGCUCCAAAAGAUCAAGGAGCGUGAUAGGUUGAAGCAAGAUUUGGGUAACCGCAAGUCUCUCGCGUCUCAGAUCCGCAUGAAGAGCAUCGCCAACCUCGCAUCUGACAACCCCACGAAGAAGAGGCGGCGCGGCGGUGACGACGACAACUUUGGCGCCAACGAUGACGACUGGGGCGUCUAUCGCCAGAUUGCCGUGGGAGACAACAGCGACGAAGAGCAAGAGGAGGAAGAUCUCGCUUCGACCUUGAAAACGCUAGAGCAGGACCUGCUCAAGUACGACCCCAACUUUACCUACGAAAACACCCAGGAGGCGCAAACCGUCUGGUCCAAGUCUCUGCUCCACGCCUUUACGCGCGGCCCGCGACCCAUCGAUCCGGCUUCCCAGGCAGAGCUGCACCAGAUCCAUCUCAACGUCGAGCGCAUCCGCGUGCCCGAGGUCGUCUUCCGGCCCUCCAUCGCGGGUGUCGACCAGGCCGGCAUCAUUGAGAUUGCGGGCGACGUGCUCACGCAGCGCCUCGGAAGUCUGCCCAACCGCGACGACUUCCUCAAGGACAUUUUUCUCACGGGCGGCAACACCUUGUUCCGCAACUUUGACGACCGCGUGCGGGACGGAUUGAGGGCUCUGCUGCCGGCGGAUUCGCCGCUCGUGGUGCGGCGGGCGGAGGAUGCGCUGCUGGAUGCUUGGAAGGGUGCUGCUGGGUGGGUUGGGUCGUCGGCUUGGAAGACGGCGGCGAUUACGAGGGAGGAGUACCAGGAAAAGGGGGCGGAGUAUAUCAAGGAACACGACAUGGGCAACUCGUACGCGUGA